AUGGAGGGCACGAGCGGCGUGGCCAACGGCCACACCAGCACCCUGGAGCGCCGUACCGCCUCUUCGCAGUCGCCGCCCUCUGCACCUUCAAAUGAUGCGGCUCAGCACCUGGACAAGGCGCCGCCUGCAGUGGGCCCGGGAAAAGGCGACGCCCUCUCCAAACCAUCAGCUGCCCCAGACUUGGCGACAACGCCCGCAGAGGGGAGAGCGCCUGCGGCAACCGUGCCUGCACAGGGGCAGCAGCAGCAGCAGCAGGCGGGGCAGCAGCGGGAGCAGCAGGGCAAGCAGCAGGGCAAGCAGCAGGGAAAGCAGCAGGGGAAGCAGCAUCGUGACCUGCAGCAGGAGGAGCGGCCAGGCAAGAAGCGCAAGGCCGGCCCUGCUGCCGCAGACAGCGGCAGGGGUCAGCCCCAGGGCGGCCCCCCAGCGCCAGCAGCGAAACCCCCGGCGUCGCCCGCAGCGGCGCGAGCGGCGCCGGCCCCGCAGCCGCGGCCGUCCCAGGAGCGACCUCGGCCGGCGACCUCGCAGGCGGCCGCUGCCAGUGCGGGGCCACAGAUUUCUGGCAGCAAGGUCCAGCUCACGGCCAAGCCUGUCAGCAAACUCCUCAAGCCUUCCCCCAGCAAGCUGCUGACCAAGAAGCCCAAGCGGUCAGUCCAGCUGCUCCCCCCCGACAAGCUGCCUCCCGCCCAGCGGCCAGCGGGUGUGCGCCCGGCGCCCAAGGGUGGAGUCGGCGGGGCGCCCGGUGCGGCUCCGCAGAGGAUGCCUGCCGCAGCGGGAGCAGCUGCGGGGGGCCAGCAGACGGAGCGGGAGCCGAAGCGUCUGCCGGGGGCCAGGGAAAAGGGUGAGCCGAGCAGCACUUUGGUGGCGGCAAAGCCCCUGCAAGGGGAGGUGCAGCAAGGUCAGCAGGCCGGGGCGCGGCGGCCGGAGCGGCAGCAGCCAAAGGAGCAGCAGCAGCGGCAGCGGCCGGAGGAGCAGCAGCAGCGGCCGGAGGAGCAGCCGCAGGAGCAGCAGCCGGAGGAGAUUCAGCAGGAGCAGCAGCCGGAGGAGCAGCAGCAGAAGCAGCAGCAGCGGCCGGACCAGCAGCAACAGCCGCAGCAGCAGCAGCAGCAGCAGCAGCAGCAGCAGCAGCAGCAGCAGCCAGAACAGCAGCAGCGGCCGGGGCAGCAGCAGCAGCAGCAGCAGCAGCAGCAGCAGCAGCAGCAGCAGCAGCAGCAGGCGACAAAGCGUCGGCGCCAGGACGCCGAGGUGGCCGAGACCAUCAGGGAAUACAACAAGCGGCUCAAAGUCAACAUUGACCAGGGGCGCGCAAAGCCCGACAUGAUCGCGUUCAAGGAGACCAAGGGCCGCCUCAAGCCGCCGCGCUUCGGGGAGAUCCCUGGCGUGCGCAUCGGGAGCGAGUGGCACGGCCGUGGGGAGGUCGCCAUCGUCGGGCUGCACACGCAGAUGAUGCGGGGCAUUGACACCAAGGCGGACGCCCUGGCCAAGGGGGCAUACGCCAUUGUGCUGUCCGGGGGAUACAAAGACGACCACGACACAGGCAGCGAGAUGUGGUACACGGGAGAGGGUGGCCAGAAAGGUGCCAAGAAGCAGGUGUGUGACCAGGAGUGGAAGGGUGGCAACCUGGCGCUGCAGAACAACGUGCAGUCGGGGAAGCCUGUGCGCGUCAUACGCGGCAAGGUCGGCCCCAACAACGAGCGCAUCUAUGUAUAUGAAGGCCUCUACAAGGUGGUGCAGGCCAAGAUGGAGAAGUCCAACGACGGCCCCCUGAUCUGCAGGCACGGACGUGGACGUGGGGAGGGGCUCAGCGCGAUCUGGCGGGCACCCUGUGGUCUAUCAGGCACUCUCUGA